CCCUUUCCCUUUGGCCCCUGACCCGCAUCAGCCAACCAAUCGCUUCCUCGGACUCUGAGCCAGGCGGGGCUUUUAUACGUUUGGAGGACAGGCUGGCGUCCUUGCAAAAAAGAAGGCGAGACGGGUGCAGUGGAGUGGCGGCUCUUUUCCUUUAGGGAUGCAGCCCACCCUGGUGGGGAUGUGUGACUGUGAAAGGUGAGAAGCAAGCAGCCAGAUCGAAGUGAAGAAAUUGCAACAAAGUUCUAACUGCCCUACUCAGAGCUCAUUGUCCUGCAGAAGUAUAAUUGUUGAGAGGGGGAAAUGACUUCUUCAAAGCCUUUGGCCAGGUUCUGGGAGUGGGGCAAGAACAUAAUCUGUGUGGGGAGGAAUUAUGCAGAGCAUGCCAAAGAGUUGAAGAACACCCUCCCAACUGAGCCACUCUUUUUUCUCAAGCCAUCCUCCGCCUAUGUCAGGGAAGGCUCUCCCAUCAUCCAGCCCUACUACUGUAAUAAGCUGCACCAUGAAGUGGAACUUGGGGUGGUGAUCGGGAAGAGAGCCCAGGCAGUUUCCCAGAAAACAGCAAUGGAACAUGUGGGAGGCUAUGCCCUCUGCUUGGACAUGACAGCCAGGGAUACCCAAGAAGAAUGCAAGAAGAAAGGGCUUCCUUGGACAUUGGCCAAAGGGUUCAAUACCUCCUGUCCAGUCAGUGACUUUGUGCCCAAAGAGAAAGUCCCAGAUCCACACCAGUUGAAGAUCUGGCUAAAGGUAAAUGGGGAGAUGCGGCAAGAAGGAGAUACAUCAGAAAUGAUCUUCUCUAUCCCCUACAUCAUCAGCUACAUCAGUGGAAUUGUCACGCUGGAAGAAGGGGAUGUCAUCCUAACAGGAAGCCCAAAAGGGGUUUCUGCUCUGCAAGAGAAUGAUGAAAUAGAAGCUGGGAUCCAGGGGGUGCUGAGCAUGCGGUUUCAAGUAGCUCAGCAGAAAUGCCGGCCUUGAUAGGGGAUGUUUCCUUUUACCUUAAGAGCAGAUUCAAACUGUAGAGCAAAGGAAAACUACACGAUUCCUUUCCUGUGGGAGAGAGGUUGGGAGCUUAGAUUCUCCUUAUAUAGCAACCAAGUAAAAUUGGCUUUCCCCUCAUUCAGGUUCUAGUUUCUUCCACAUUGACAGACAGAGUGGGAGAAGGGCUGAGAGCCCAUCUUGUUGGGCACUUAAUAUAUUCACAGUGUUCAGGCAUCACACUAAGCCCUAGCAUAAGAAGGACAAGUCACAACAAGCCUCAGGCUUGUACACUCUUUGCUCUCCUCUUUGGGUCUGGUGCAGCAACAAGUAGUUCACUUUCAGUUUA